UUUACAGCUUCUUACACGAGUGGUCAGCGGUCGGGGCUGAAAGAUGGAACCGUGGAUACCGAUAUAACAGAAUUAUGAACGUUUAUUACAGGCUAGCAGCAUCAAUAAUAUAACAAGUUACCGCACAAGUUAACAUUCACCAUGGCAACUGUUAGGAAGACCUGUAUAGGACUGCUUCGUCCCGGUUGUCUCAGCAGAAUCUUCACUGCAUCGAAUGCUUCAAAGAAUAUAUCGGCAUACCACCCCAAACUGCAAACUAUGCUAGGCGUUCGUGGCAGUUACGCCACCUACAGCUCCGUAACAGAUCAUAACACCAUCCUGUCAGAAGUCAGAACUAUCAACAGUGUCAAACCUACCAAGUCCACUGAUGCCGGGAAGAAGGCAUCCCUAGUUAUUUUCGACAAAGACGGCACCUUGAUAUGCUUCCAAUCAAUGUGGUCCCCUUGGGCCAGGAAAAUAGCCUCUAAAUUGGAAGAAGCCACCGGACUAGACAUUCAGGAGAAAGUAUUUGAAACAAUUGGAUUUUGUACCACAUCUGACAGAGUAAUCCCAGGUUUGCUUGCAGAAGCUACCACAGAAAUGGUCCAGGAUGCUAUAGUGGAGCUUCUCAGUCAGGAGGGUGUGGAUGAGGUCAAAGGUCGUGCCAUUGUGAACAACAUCUGGGAAGAUGGACACGGCAUUUAUGAAACUAAAACUUUAGCCGACCUUAACACUUUGUUUAAGAUAUUAAAAAGCAAUAAUGUAAAGAUCGCUGUUUGCACUGCUGACUGCAGGAAAGGAACUGAGAACUUUUUAGAAGAUUUAGGAAUCCAUGGUUUAGUUGAUCACAUUGUGUGUGGUGAUGACCCCAACAAUGUCCCAAAACCUGCUGCAGAUAACGCUCAAAUGAUCUGUGAAAAGCUUGGUGUGAACCCUGAAGAUACUGUCAUGGUGGGAGACACCAAAGCUGAUGUGGGAAUGGGAAAGGCAGCACAGCUUGGCUGGAAUAUAGGGGUAUUAAGUGGUGUAGGUCAGACAAAUGAUUUGUACCCAGCGGCCAGUCAUGUGAUAGAAAGUGUCCAAGACUUGUUGCCCCUCAUCCUACCGGAGGACCAAUGGAGGGAAUGCUACGCUUACUCCAACGACAAAAGAAUCUUGAUCGAACCAUAUUCCUUGGAAUCUUCCAAUUCUGAUGAGUAUGCUAGUGUUGAGAAUCAUGUACCGACUGUUGCCUUGAUCAUCUUAGAUCUCCAUGGUACCAUCCUCUGUGCCCACAGCAAGUACAGCAAAUGGACAGACCAAAUCUGCUCGAGGUUAGAACAGGCGACUGGUCUUUGUGGUCUGCGAUCAGAAAUUCACCAGAGGCUUGGAAUAUGUGAACAAACAAGUAAAAUAAAGGAUGGGCUGUUGAAUGAACAUGGAACCACUAACAUGGAGGUGAGGUCGUCACUGGUGGAGAUGAUCCAUAAACAUUUGACGUAUGAGGAGUCUCUGAUGGUUGUAAACAAAGUCUGGCAGGAGUGUGAAUCUACGCUUCUUCAAGAACCAAAAUCACUUCACAAGGACAUCAAAAAAUUCUUCAAAACACUAAAGAGAAAAGGAAUCAAAAUAGCAAUAUGUACUGGAGAUAAGCGUGAACUUGCACUGUCAGAUUUGACAAAUCUGGGUGUGUUGAAAUAUGUUGAUAUGAUGAUCUGUGGAGAUGAUCCACACUCUGUCUCACGGUCUCCUGAUCACAGCACACAAAUCAUAUGUGAUGAACUGAAUGUAAAUCCUGAGAAAACUGUAAUAGUCGGCGAUUCUACCAAAGAUUUUUCAUUUGAAAGAUCAGCUAAGAUACAAAAGAUUGGUGUACUAUCAGGUGUAGGGUCUGCAGAUGACCUAAAGUGGGUCACCGACCUAGUGGUGCCUACUGUAGACCAUGUGAUUGAUCAUAUCUUAGAAGACCCACCAACCACUCCUGGCAAACAAAUGAUACCAAAUGCUCUUCCUAAACUGAGAAAGCCGGGAAGUGUCAAUGUCCAAUGUCGUUUGUUCAGCACAAUGUCACGAGGGAGACAAUCACCCUGUUCCACCAGUGCUGUACAGGUGAGGAAUGCUUCCACGACAUCUGGGGCUGGAUCCACCUACGAUUACGUCAUCAUUGGUGCAGGAUCAGCUGGCUGUACUCUCACCAAUCGAUUGUCUGCAGAUCCUAACAACAAGGUGUGUGUUCUGGAGGCUGGUCCAAGAGACUACACCUGGAAGAUCCACAUGCCUGCUGCCCUCAUGUACAACCUGUGUGAUGACAAGUACAACUGGUACUACCAUACGGAACCAGAGCCUCACAUGAACAACAGGGUCAUGUACUGGCCACGAGGACGAGUCUGGGGAGGAUCGUCUUCACUCAAUGCCAUGGUCUAUAUCCGUGGAAAUGCUGGUGAUUAUGAUGGAUGGGAGAAGGCUGGGGCAAAGGGAUGGUCAUAUGCAGAUUGCUUACCAUACUUUAAAAAAUCUCAGACCCAUGAACUUGGGGAGAAUGACUACAGGGGAGGUGAUGGUCCUCUUCAUGUGUCACGAGGAAAAACCAACAACCCACUGCAUCAGGCCUUUAUAGAAGCAGGUCAGCAGGCUGGCUUUCUGUUUACAGACGACAUGAAUGGCUAUCAACAGGAGGGUGUAGGUUUGAUGGACAUGACCAUUCACAAAGGCCGGCGAUGGAGUGCUGCUAUGGCCUCCCUCAGGCCAGCUAUGAAGCGUGACAAUGUGACAGUGGAAUCAAAUGCCCUGUCCACGAGGAUUAUGUUUGAGAACAAGCGAGCCGUGGGUGUAGAGUAUGAACAGAAGGGUGUAAAAAAGGUGAUCAGAGCAGAGAAGGAGGUGAUUUUGAGUGGAGGAUCAAUCAACUCUCCUCAGCUUCUCAUGUUAUCGGGUGUGGGUAAUGCAGACGAUCUGAAGGCACUGGACAUUCCUGUGGUUCAACACCUUCCUGGUGUCGGAGAAAAUCUCCAAGACCAUCUUGAGGUGUAUGUACAGGAGGCAUGCAAGCUUCCAAUCACUCUUUAUUCUGCUCAGUGGAAAUUCCCUCACAAUAUGAUUCGGAUAGGUCUACAGUGGUUUCUGACUCAGAAAGGAGAUGGAGCCAGCGCACAUUUGGAGAGUGGUGGGUUUGUCCAUAGUGAAGAAGGUCUUGAGUACCCCGACAUUCAGUUUCACUUCUUACCUUCUGUUGUGAAAGAUCACGGGCGUAAAACUGGUGAUGAACAUGCCUACCAAUUGCAUACAGGACCAAUGCAUGCUACCAGUAAAGGUAACAUCAAGCUGAAAACCAAAAAUCCAAGAGACCAUCCGAAGAUUGUAGCCAACUAUCUGUCUACAGAAUAUGAUGUGAGGACAAUGAGGGACAGUGUCAAAGUUGCCAGGAAAGUGUUUAAACAGAAAGCGUUUGAUCCUUUCCGCGCUGGUCGAGAGCUGUUGCCAGGACCUGAUUGUCAAACAGAUGCCGAGAUUGAUGCCUUUAACCGUGCUUACGCAGACAGUGCCUAUCAUCCAUCAUGUACAUGUAAAAUGGGAGAUGAGAGUGACCCGAUGGCUGUGUUGGAUUCUCAGACUCGUGUUUUAGGUGUAGAUAAUCUUCGAGUAGUUGAUGCCUCUAUCAUGCCAAAUAUAGUUACUGGGAACCUGAACGGCCCGACAAUAAUGCUGGCUGAGAAGGCCGCUGACAUUAUCCUGGGAAACAAACCACUGCCUCGAUCUAAUGCUCCUGUAUACAAGAACAAAGUAUAGCAAACUAAAUGAUGAUUCUGAAGUAGGGUUUAGUAGAAUAUAAUUGCAACAACUUGCUAUUUAAAAGCACAUGUGUACAGACUACUUGUUGCUUACAAAUCAUUAUUGUUGUUUGCUUGGAGAAACAAAUACUAAUGUAUAAAACAUAGAUGUCCUUUCCUUACAAUUCCAACAUAGUUUAUUUGUGAGCAAACAUGUAAUGCUAGUGAAAUUUUUUUUGUUUCUUUUCAUUGUUUGCUUUGAUUAUUAGUCAUUAACUUUUUUAGAAACCUUUUUCUUUUCUGAUUUGUUAAAUAUGUUCAUUUAUGAGCAGAUUGUAAAUCAAUUUUGAUUUUUUUUCUUUGCAUUUUUAUCU